GGCGGCACAGUAGGGGAAGGGGGAGCCGAGGGGCCAGCGGGGCGGCCGAAGCGGGGUCAGACCGGGUGGAGAUCGGGGGGUUGCUACCGCCACCCCCGUGGCGGAGGGGUCGCGCUGCGAGAGCCCGGGCUGCGGGGGAGCGGUGCCGUGCGUGGGCCCGGUGGGCUCCAGCGGGCGCCGUGGCGGGGGAGGGCAGGGCAGGGGCUGGCCCGGCCUCUCCCCGGACCUUCUCAUCGCCUUUCGCCGCCUGGUCGCUGCAGGAGCAUCUCCUGGUUACUUCCGAGGGGAGAGGCCGGACGGCGGGGUAGAUGGUAGCUUCUGCAGAGAAGGUCUUGUUAUCCAAAAAGUUGCUCGUCUUAAGUAAACUGUUUGCAUAUGUUCUGAGUUCCCGGAGAGGACACAGUUAAACACACCUUUAUUUUGCUGAUAAUGGAUGAAGAGAGUCUGGAAGCAGCCAUUCAGACCUACAAUGCCCAGCUGCAGCAAGUGGAGCUGGCUUUAGGGGCAGGCCUGGACCCAUCGCAGCAGUCGGACUUGAUUCAGUUGCAGGAGGAUUUAAAGCAGCUGAUAGAACUCACCGAAUCCAGCCUGGUGUCUGUUAAAAAGAGCAAGCUUCUGGCUACUUUAGAUACAAAUGCUGCUUCCUCCUCCUCCCCAGUCAGUCUCCUGGAACAGGACACCAACCCGGACAGCUCUGCCCAAGAUGAGGAGUACGCUGCUUUUAAGGAAGCCAUUGCUGAGCUUGGAACCGAGGAGGAGCCUUCAGCUAAUAAGAUAGCAUCAAAGGCAGAUGAAGAAACUGCUGACAAAAAUGACUCAAAGUACAGUGAAGAGGAGGAGGAGUCUGACAGAGAGGAGGAGGAAUUGAGUGGGAUGAAGGUUAAAGCCCCCUACUACAGUUCUUGGGGGACCCUGGAGUACCACAAUGCCAUGAUUGUGGGGACAGAGGACUUAGAAGACGGCAGCGCAGGAGUUAGAGUGCUGUAUCUCUAUCCAACUCACAAGUCUCUGAAGCCAUGCCCGUUCUUCUUGGAUGACAAAUGCAGAUUUAAAGAAAACUGUCGGUUUUCGCAUGGGCAGGUGGUCUCUGUGGAAGAGCUUCAGCCGUUUCAGGAGCCCAAUCUGAGCGCGCUGGAGGUGGGCUCAGCCUGCCUGGCGAAACACAGCGAUGGGAUAUGGUACACUGCAAAAAUAACUGACAUUGACAGUGGUUACUACACUGUGAAGUUUGAUUCCCUGCUACUCAAGGAAGCUGUUGUGGAAGGAGAUAGUGUCAUUCCCCCGCUGCGAAGUGAAGAUGGUGCCGAAUCUGCCGAGUCUGAUGAAGACAGUGUUGAUGAUUCUGGUUAUGCUAAAGUGAUAGAUUCAGGAGUUCCAGAGAAUGGGGAAUGGGCUCCUGCGUGCAGUUCCUCUUUCGGUGGCUGGGAAGCCCAUACUCGUGGUAUCGGCUCCAAACUGCUUGUUCAGAUGGGAUACGAGUUUGGAAAAGGGUUAGGGAAGAAUUCUGAGGGCCGAGUGGAGCCGGUGCAGGCUGUGGUACUUCCUAAAGGGAAGUCCCUCGACCAGUGUGCUGAGGUGCUUCAGAAGAAGAAACAGGGGAAGCUGGACCCAAGCAAAUCGAGGAAAUGCCGAGCAAAGGGAAACAGCUCUGGACGGUUUCCUGCAGGCGGCCGUAAGCCUCCUCGCAAUGUGUUCGACUUUUUGAACGAGAAACUGCGAGGGAAGAGCACUGGGGAGAAGGCUGGAGGGAUGGCCAUGCCAGAGAGGAACAGCAAAGAGAUCUACCAUGCUAGCAAGAGCACCAAGAAAGCCCUGAGUGUCCGCCUCUUCCAGACUAUGGAGAAGAUUGAACAAACGCAGAAGGAUAUCGUAGGAAUCCAGCAGGCCCUGGCACGCAACAUUGGACGGCACAGCGUUGCUACAGCUCAGCUGGAGGAGAAGCUGGCUAAUGCGCACAAACAGCUGGGGCAGCUGCAGGCCCAGGAAGCCAGUCUGCAGCGGGAGCAGAAGAAAGCAGACACGCAUAAGAAGAUGACUGAGUUCUAGUCUCUGCGGAAGGCGUUUGACUGCAGUGAUUGUCCUUCUAGGCAGCCCCAGUGCUUGUGGCCUCUGAGCCUGGGGGAGCCAUCCUGCUCCUCUGGGCCUCAGGCUGCCCAGCCUGAAAACUGGGCUGAAAAGCAGCAGUUUCUACAACCAGAUGCUUCUGAGCUCUGCUGGGAGGGGGAGGAGUACACAUCCGUUCAGCCCUGAGAGCAUUCAGUAAGCCCGAGCCUUCUAUGAGGACUAAACUACAAGAAAUACGAUUCUCUGCUCUCUUGCACACUUCUUUGCUCCGUUAUCACUGCGGUAGCACCUCCAUCCAGAGUCUGUAGCUACUCGGGUGAUAACGUUGCUGGCUGCGAACCAGCUGAGGAGGGGCUCUGAACGCCCCACAUCCUGCCAUCAACUGUGGCUUGUGUUUGCAGCCAACUGACGAACGCAAGUGGAGGCAGGGUCCCGAGCGCAUUCUGGCAAAGCAGAAAAGGCUUGUGCUGGGUGAAAAAAACAACAAAGGCAAAUUGCUUCGGCUGCUCUCUACCUUCUCUUUUUUGCUCUGGGUUUUAUUUGAGAAUUCAUCUUUUUGGGGAACAGUUCCCUGUAGCCCUAGUAAAAUGAAUAAACAGAAAACUGACAGCUUGGAGGUGGGUACUAGUGGCCUCCAGCAUCAGAUUUCAUCAGUUUGACUGUAAGAGUAUCCCUAGGACAUGCUGUAGCCUAACUCAUUGACUUGGCAUGGGAAGCUGCGUGGUUCCACAAGUAGAGCGCCAAAGCUGGGGGAAUGAGAUAGCGGAGUAACGAAUUCUCAAACCUCCUAGCUAGGAGCGACUCCACAGGGAACCUUGUGAGUUUUUGUCAUCAUUACGUGAGUUUUUCUGUCCUAGGUGGCUCACCGAACACAGAUCCUUUUAUUAAAAAACCUCAAGACCCAGAUCCAGGUCAGACUGGGCCCUGAAUGAGCACAAAGAUGAGGAGGGCUGGAUGUGCUCAGUGUGCAGCCCGGUCUGCGCGCGAGCUUCAGGCUGUGCUGGAAGCAGGCCAGGCAAGCGAAGUGCCCUUCCCCGCAGUGUGGACAGUCUUUGGUCAGGAAGGAUGUCUUCUCCCCUAGAUCAGGUUCUGUGUUGGUGGCAGCCAGUCCUUGUUUCUGGUGGGACUUGUGCAUUAUCAUUGCUUUUUUUAAAAAAAAAAAAACAAAAACCAAACUUGUUUCCAAUGUCAUGCAUGGAACACAAAAUGUGUCCAUGCAAUGGACACAUUUUUUUCUUAAUUUAAGAAAUCGGUUUCCUUUUAUUCUGUGAGUCACUUUUCUAAUGAAAAGUUUUGCUCCUUUAGUACCACCUUUUUUAUCUGUUAUUAAGCAAACUUAUAAAGCUGUCGGCCUGGGCAGGGCUGCACCUACUUACGGGGUCAGGCUGCCAAACUAACCAGAAAAUCUCAGGCUGAAGGAGAUACGAUCAGAGUUGUUCAAGUCAUGUGGGAUUUAGCGUUGUUGCAGACACACCUCAGAAAACACAGAGCAACAGCAAAAGUAAACAAGAUGAACGUCUUCAGGAAACCCUUUUGGAGCGACUGUCCUGGAAAGCGCUUGGGUCCUGCUGUGAUGAGCACCGUGUAGAUGCGGAAGGUGGCGUGGGCUGCCGUGAGCACUUCAGCAUUCAUCGGUUUCUAACUAAAUUGGCCGUGCUGUCUUCAUUGUUCUGAAUUUUGUUCUCCAUGCGCUGGGCUUAACUCAAGGGUUUGACAAUGGCUGCUCAGUGCCCUUCCCUCACAAAUGACUAUUUGUUUCCCACACUCAAGUGUUGAGUGGUGACAAGGAUUAAUGUGCCCAGCUUAGCAUGGGUGCUCGCUGAAUUGGCCCGUGGCUGGUGAGCCGAGCUGGGCAGAGAAAUUUCUGGGGUUUGUUUUGUACUCUGACUCUACUUAACAUCAUCUUCUCUUUAAGAAUUGGAUGCAUUAGCCCUGUGUCUCAGCUAAGUCGUAUUUUGACCCUUCCUUGGGAUUUCCACAGCCUUACUUGUCAGACUCCUAUUCAAAUGGCUGCUGCUUCCCACCCAAGACAGUUCACGUCCCUGGUGAAUAAAGCUGGUUUUUAUUUUUUCCCUC